CACCAAACUGCAGCUUCAACGUGUAGCACACCUGCACAGGGACACUGUGACCGCAGUGUUGGGUGGAGGUAGACUGGAGUGGAAGCGGGAACGCCUUCCUUUAUUUAGCUGAACGCAAGCACAACCGUUGAAACGUUCACAGAAAACUCGCAAGUGAGGGCCCAGUGCCAACAGCAGUAUGCAGACAUGUCAACCAGGGUUGUUGUGGUAACAGGAAGUAACAAGGGCAUCGGUCUGGCCAUCGUCCGAGCGCUCUGCAAGCAGUUUGAAGGAGAUGUUUUCCUCACAGCCAGAGAUGUCAGCCGUGGUGAGGAGGCGGUGCAGGCUCUGAACACAGAGGGACUGAAGCCCAUGUUUCACCAGCUGGACAUCGACGAUCUGAACAGCAUCAAAACCGCCGCCGAUUUCUUCAAAGAGAAAUACGGAGGAGUGGACGUCCUGGUCAAUAAUGCUGCGAUAGCAUUCAAAAUGGCAGACACGACUCCGUUUGGCAUCCAGGCGGAGGUCACCGUCAAGACAAACUUCUUCUCCACCAGAAACAUGCUGACUUGCUUCAGUGAGCUCAUCAAACCUGGAGGUCGUGUGGUGAACGUCUCCAGCAUGGUCAGCGUCCGUGCUUUGAACCAGUGCAACCCGGACCUCCAGCAGCAAUUCCGCAACGAGAACAUCACAGAGGAAGAGCUGGGGGACCUGAUGCAGCGAUUCAUCGACGACGCCAAGAAAGGGGAGCAUAAACAGUGUGGCUGGCCUGACACGGCGUACGGAGUGUCUAAAAUUGGUGUGACGGUCCUGUCCAUGAUUCAUGCUCGUCGUCUGUCCAAGGAGAGACCCAAUGACGGGAUCCUGUUGAAUGCCUGCUGCCCAGGAUGGGUGCGCACCGACAUGGCUGGACCAAAAGCUCCCAAAUCACCAGAUGAGGGCGCUAUCACUCCGGUGUACCUGGCUUUGCUGCCACCUGGCGCCAAAGAGCCUCACGGACAGUUUGUCUCUGAGAAGACGGUUCAGAAGUGGUGACGAGUGUGUGACUGGAAGAGUUUCCACAUAAGCGGUAACAAAAAUCAAAAAUCACAUACAAAGGAUUAAAGUUACAUGUGACAAAAACCCUUAACAUAUGCUGACAAUACAAAAGCUUUUUAGGACAGAGUUUAGCACUUAAUCCAAAUAGUGUUGGUAAUAAAACCAAAAUUAUUCAUUUUAUUCCAGGGAACAGUGUGUGUGUGUGUGUGUGUGCGUGUGCUAGGUUGAAUGCAUCAGUAUGAAAAUUAAUCAAUCAAAUGUUGGAUUGCUGUCUAACCUCAGUUUUCAGCCUGUUUUUCUUUGCCUUCAAUAAACAUUUUAAUAUUUUGACUUUGUAAACUUGCCAUAACUGGAUGAAGCUAAUUGUUCAGAAAUAAUAAGCUUGUUUUAUACAACAUGCCGUUUGUUAAAUAAAACAUGUGGAUCUCAAGUUAAAAUUAAUAAAAGAAUUUCAAAAUA